CCCGCCUGCAAAGUUGGAGGGAGCGGCCAAGCUCCGGACAGCUCGGGACGUGCCGGAGGGAUGCGUCUGCCCCCCAGGUGCCCCUGGACGGCGUGGCAAGCCUGGAAGAAGAGGCGACCCUGGUCCUCCCGGGCAGUCGGGACGAGAUGGCUACCCGGGACCGCUGGGUCUGGAUGGCAAGCCCGGACUUCCAGGCCCCAAAGGGGAGAAGGGUGCACCAGGAGACUUCGGCCCCCAGAUGGUUUUCCCACGGCUCGGCCCAGGCUUUAUAAGUAGAGACCAUCGCACGCACAGCCUCCGCGUCCUCAAGGGAGACCAAGGGCGAGAUGGAGCUGCUGGGCCUCCGGGACCCCCUGGGCCCCCUGGGGCCCGGGGUCCUCCUGGCGACACUGGGAAAGAUGGCCCCAGGGGAGCUCCAGGCCCAGCGGGUCCCACAGGGCAGCCUGGGCAGGACGGCGAGACGGGCCCAGAGGGACUCCCGGGGCCCAAGGGUGAGCCUGGGCCUCCUGGAAAGAAGGGGGAUGAUGGGACACCAAGCCAGCCAGGACUCCCUGGACCCCCAGGGCCCAAGGGCGAGCCCGGGAGCAUGGGACCCCAAGGAGAGAGCGGCAUGGACGGCACCCCAGGGCCGAAGGGUGAGCCCGGUCAGCCAGGCGCAGAUGGAGCCGCGGGGCCCCGGGGUCCCCCCGGCCCCAAGGGCGAGCAAGGAGACACUGUGGUGAUCGACUACGACGGGAGGAUCCUGGAUGCCCUGAAGGGUCCUCCCGGGCCACAGGGUCCUCCCGGGCCUCCAGGGAUCCCCGGAGCCAAGGGAGAGCUCGGAUUGCCUGGCGCCCCUGGAAUCGAUGGCGAGAAGGGUCUAAAAGGACAAAAAGGAGACCCAGGAGAGCCCGGGCCCACUGGACCCAAAGGAGAAGCCGGGGACAUGGGCUUGUCUGGCCUCCCAGGCGCGGACGGCCCCAAGGGGGAGAAAGGAGAGUCCGCACGUGACAGCCUGCAGGAGAGCCUGGCCCAGAUCAUAGUGGAGCCAGGGCCCCCCGGCCCCCCCGGCCCCCCAGGCCCCAUGGGCCUUCAGGGCAUCCAGGGUCCCAAGGGCUUGGACGGAGCCAAGGGGGAGAAGGGCGCAGCGGGAGAGAGGGGCCCCGGCGGCCUGCCCGGUCCCCUUGGCCCACCAGGCCUCAUUGGGCUGCCAGGAACCAAAGGAGAGAAGGGCAGGCCCGGAGAGCCAGGACUGGAUGGUUUUCCUGGACCUCGGGGAGAGAAGGGUGACCGGAGCGAGCGUGGAGAGAAGGGCGAGCGGGGUGUUCCUGGCAGGAAAGGCGUGAAGGGCCAGAAGGGUGAGCCAGGGCCACCGGGCCUGGACCAGCCAUGUCCUGUGGAGAACCCAACGCGCGGAGGCCAGCAGGGGGUGCCGGGCUGGAGCCCCGGGGCCCGCGGGCGCUGCCGUGUGGGCCCCGAUGGGCUGCCCGUGCCUGGCUGCUGGCAUAAGUGAUCCUCAGACCGCCUGCAGCCCGUGUAGGUCCGCGUGGGCGUUUCUAAUUUUUAUAAAAACGAAACAGUAAUAUAUUGAUCUUUGUCGUGGGAUGUGCCACCUGUGGCCUUGGGGCCCAGCCCCAGGAUUGUCAGCACGAGACGCCAGCGGGAGAGCAGGGCCAGCCUGGGACGGUGUACUCCAGGGGGUACCCCCAGGCCUGGCUUCCCAGGAGACGGAGGUGCAGAGCCUGGCUCUGGCAAGGCCAGAGGGCACUGCUGGGCUCCCCCACCUGACAAGCAGAGACUCCCGGCGUCCCGCUGCCUGCCAGAGCCUGCCCCUGAAGCUCCAGAGCCCCACUCGUCCCUCCCAGAAGGCCCAGGACGCCGACAGCAGCUGCAGCUGCUCCUGGCCUCAGCCUGCUCGCCCGGCCCAGCGAGCGGCCUCCGGACCUGGUUCACUGGGCAGGCCAGGACUGCUGCCCGCACUCGCAGUGGGGUCCUGGGCAGUCAGUGGGCAGCCCAGCCAGAGCCUGGCUCCCAGCACGACCGGGUUCAGAAAGCACCCCGCCAUGCGGACGCAUUCCCUGGCCAGGAGUCAAGGCUGAGCACUGUGACCACUGAGCCAAGGGCCUACCACAGGCAUCGGGGAGCCCGAGUGUGGGGCACAGAGUCCCAGGCUGGACUGCCACCACUUCCUGCCCCAUCACACAGAGCAGCGAUGGCUGGGACUCUGCUGAGCUGAGGAGGCGGGCCCCAGCUCUGAGUUCAGGCUCCUCUGCCCCAAGCCUCCCGCCCAGGACUUGGGUCAACCAGCCCAAAGAGGUCCUCCUAGAGGCAUGCGGAGGAAGCGGGCCUCAGGGCUGGUCCCCGUGGCCUGAGCAGGGGCCCACAGCCAGAGUCACCUGCACAGAGGAGAGACUCUUCGCCCCUGCAGGGGUCCCAGCAACAGCUCCGUCCCGCUACCACCGCCUCUUCCUGUGCAGAUGGGUAUCCCGCGUGUAAUAAAACACGAGUGUGUGUCA